GAUUGAUUGGUACAGUGUAUAGGUGAGAAACCAGAAUUGAUGUAAAGUGUGUGUCCCGGCUCCGAUUUAUCCUCCUCGCGGGUUGCUUCGAUUACCAGCACACACCAGCGCAAGGUGUCGGCCGAAAAGAAUAAAACACGAUUAUGGCACUGUUAUCCAAUGGUGCUUCGUCGAUGCAGAUAACGCCACAGCCGGCCAACGCUGGCUCCAGCGGUGGCCCCGGUGGCAACGAAGACUUCAACUCGAAUGAUCAUCUCUUCUUCUCGAGCCUGUUCACCGCACUUCCCCGGUGGGAUGGGCCGCUCAAGUCGAGCUCGGGGCCGGUUAUGGUUCCACAAAGCAAUAACAACACGUCACUGGACCGUGAUAGCAUAAGUAUUACGGAGGAUUUGCUGUUCUCCAACGUUUUGGGUGCGAUCGGGACGGGCAGUUCGGCAGGCAGCAGCGGUAGCCACCCUCACGGUCACAUCGGUAGCCACGUCGGCGGUGGCGUGGGCAUCAUCGGCAGCGGCAACGGUGGUGGCGGAUCGUCCGCUGCCAGCGAAAUACUUGGUGCAAUCGGCACCGCCUCCCACCACAUGACACCGAGCACGUCACCACAGACAAAUUCGUCCAAUGGCAGUCACUGUCCGUCCUCGGUCGGUGCUAUCUGCGGCCGGUGUGACACGCACGCGUCGAGCCGCUGUCUCGAUUGCAACGAUAUCCUGUGCGAAGACUGCACAGUGCUGCACGGCAAAAACGCGUUCACGAAAGAGCACUGCGUGAUCGCGAUCACCACGAUCUCACCGAUAGGAUCGGCUCCCUGUCUGCUCGGCAGUGGCGGUGCCAGUGGAGGUAUAAUUGGAUCAGGAGGAUCCGGUGGCUGUCUCGGUGCCGGAGUGCUAUCGGAGCCGCACUGUGAUGUGCACGGUGAAGUGCUGCGCUAUCUGUGCGAAUCGUGCAAGAAAGUCGUGUGCCAGGAGUGUACACUGUGGGAACACAAGGAUCAUUCGUGCAUUCCGGUAUCGAGCGUACAGCACGGUGCAUCGGACAAGAUUCUCUCCAUCCUUGAGAGCGGCAAGCUAGGUACGAAGUACAUCAAGGCGAGUAUCGACCGUGCAGUUACGUACUCGCAAGCAGUCGAACGGGACGCGAUGGAAGCGUCGGCUCGCAUUCGCAAAGCGAUGCGCCACUUCAUACUGGCCGCGGAAGACCGCGAGCGGACGCUGCUCGAGCGAGUGGACAAGUUCCGCCAGCAGAAGCUAACCUCUCUGUCGGACCAGAUGGCAGGCCUUCGGGCCGCACUGGCCGGCUUGUCUCAAACGUCGGACAUGUUAACGAAGGCACUCGAUGCGGUACCGGUGAUGAGCAGUAUGGAGAUAGCGAAAACGCUGACGACCGGCGAAAGCCAGAUGGAGCAGUUUGCAGCCAUGUACAAGAAUCUGCAACCGAAGGAGGAGUUUAUUACAUUUGCUGCACCCAAUUUUGAGCUGCUGCAAGAGAUACGGAUGCAGGGCGAUGUGAUGCUCGUCGGCCAGCGAAGCAAUUCGGUGUCGAGUAACGGUUCGUCGGUAGCGGGUAUGUCGUGCCUGCAAGGAGGACCUCUGGGCGGAAGUAUUGGUAGCGGUGUACUAGGUUCGGGCAAUGGUGGAGGGGGACCGGGUGGUGGUGGUAGUGUCCCUGGAGGCAACAUUCUCACCCGCCGUCCGAUCGUUCGAAGCACAACACCAGCCCAGCGCAUCGGUUGCUCGUCUACCUGGGAGUCGAUGGGCAAAGGUGGCCCGGGGGGCGCUUCUGGCGGGGUGCUUGCGUCGUCCCCGACUUCGUUCGGCAUCGGCCCCAUACCUGGUGCCCCGAUCAUGGGGCAGUGCAUUCCCGGCUGCGGGAGUCAUGUGUCAACGAAACCGGCCGUCGGACCAAGUUUGACGUUCGGAUUCGAUGGCCACGAAGACGGGCAGGUCUCGCGCCCAUGGGGCAUUACUGUGGACAAGGAUGGUCACAUACUGGUGGCCGAUCGGCGCAACAACCGGGUGCAGAUUUUUUACCCCGACGGCACGUUCAAGCUUAAGUUUGGCUCGAAGGGCACCGCCAACGGGCAGUUCGAUCUACCGGCCGGCAUUUGCACCGACGGGCAGGGGCGCAUCAUCGUCGUAGACAAGGACAACCAUCGGGUGCAAGUGUUCUCGGCCGGGGGCAUGUUUCUCCUAAAGUUCGGCAGCUACGGGAAGGAGUGUGGCCAAUUUCAGUACCCGUGGGACGUGGCUGUUAAUAUGAAGGGCGAGAUACUGGUGACCGACUCGCGAAACCAUCGCGUGCAGCUGUUCAGUCCGGAUGGGCUGUUUAUCUCGCGGUUCAGCUUCGACGGUGUCAAUCACAGCCGGUACUUAAAGGGUUUGACGACUCCUCGCGGGGCUUGCUUUACGCCCCAGGGGGACAUUAUCAUUUCGGACUUUGAAAACCAUCGACUACUGCUGAUCGAUGCGACACUAUCGAAGGUCCUGGCCGCCAAAGGACAUGAGGGGUCCGCAGUGCACGAGUUUAGUCGCCCGUCGGGUAUCUGUUGCGACGACGAUGGCCGGGUUAUUGUCGCUGAUUCCAAGAAUCAGCGUGUACUCAUCUUCUCUCCGCAGCUAGAGUUCCUCUGGGUGACCGAAAUCAGGCCCUCCUCGAACGGGAUGCUUGCGGUCGGGAUGGACGAAAAAGAUCGCCCCAGCGACGUUGCUCUGUUACCGGACGGUCGACUCGUGGUGAUGGUCGAAACCUCACCGGAUGCCCGGGACCAGUGCAGUCCACAGAAAACCUUUAUCCAAAUCUACUAAUGCGUCCCGGUGAGCGGUGAUACCGUUGGAAAAGGGAAACCAUAACAUAAAGAAACUGCCAAAAAUUGAUUUUUUAACCUCUGUCGCCGGGACGAUUCUCCUCUUCUUUAGGUGUGACAUGCAAAAAGUAAGACUUCGGCGAGGUGUAACAAGUGUAAAGUAAAAUACGUGCUAAGAAAUGAGAAGGAGAGUGGGAGAGACAGAGAGACAGACAGAACAAAAGAAAGAAAGCGCGCACGCGAGAGAUAAAGAGAGAGAAAGAGAAUGAGUUUGUGUAAAAGAGAAAGUGAUCGUUAAUUUAUACUUAUUACAUGUACCCGUAACGCUACCUACCUCGAGACGUGUUUUUAAAGCGUGUUAGUGACGUGAUUUUGUUUUUAGUCUUCAUACAACAAAGCCCGCUCCUCGCUCCGGAUCGCGCACACGGUCUCCCGACACGUGGUGUUCAGAUAUAGAGGAUGCAAGGUUUGAUACACAAAAUUAUGUAGUUUAAAGCAUAGAGCAAAAAAGACAAUUUACUGUCUAAAAAGAACAAAACCAACGGCAAAUGACGAUGAAAGAGAGAAAACCCGUAAACAGAAGCUUAAAAUGAAUUUAUUCGGAAACUUAAAAGUACAAGCAGCAUUAGACAAAUGGGAAGAUUGAAAACGGUGGAUACAGAAAGCGGGCUAACAGUAUGGUGGAACUGAAGAGAGGAUGAACGGCGCAAGAAAAGCCCUAUAUUCCUACCUAUAUGGCGUUUUUGUUUGGUAGUCGUGUAACAAAUUGUCUUCAAAUGUAGCAAAUGGAUCAAAUCUAAAAGAAAGUAAGAACGUGGAAGAUGGACAGGGCGUCCAGCAAGGAAUAUAGGAGUCAAAAGAUGAUGAUGCAUCGUAAAUAUAGUACAAUUUUAGAUAAAUAACGAAACUAAUAGUAGGAUAAUACGCUCCCCGGUUUUCGGGAGCUUUUAAGUGGCCCCGUGCACAAGGUUUGCGACAAACAUGUGCCGGUGCCCGUGUUC